AUGACAAAAGCUAUUGGAAUUGAUUUAGGUACUACCUAUUCAUGUGUUGGACAUUUUGCCAACGACAGAGUGGAUAUUAUCGCCAAUGAUCAAGGUAACAGAACUACUCCUUCGUAUGUGGGCUUUACUGAUACUGAGAGAUUGAUCGGUGAAGCUGCCAAGAACCAAGCUGCCAUGAAUCCUACCAACACAGUCUUUGAUGCUAAGAGAUUGAUUGGUAGAAAGUUCACUGAUCCUGAGGUUCAGAGUGAUAUGAAGCACUGGCCUUUCAAGGUGAUUGAUGAUGCUGGAAAACCAAAGAUUCAGGUUGAGUACAAAGGCGAAACCAAGGUGUUUACACCAGAGGAGAUUUCGUCAAUGGUGUUGAAUAAGAUGAGAGAAACGGCUGAGGCCUUUUUGGGUGAGAAGGUUAACGAUGCUGUCGUUACUGUUCCUGCUUACUUCAAUGAUUCUCAGAGACAGGCAACUAAAGACGCAGGUACGAUUGCAGGAAUGAAUGUUAUGAGAAUCAUCAAUGAGCCAACGGCAGCUGCAAUUGCUUAUGGUUUGGAUAAGAAGGCUGAAAGUUCGGGAGAAAAGAAUGUUAUGAUUUUCGAUCUAGGUGGUGGUACAUUUGAUGUGUCUCUUUUAUCUAUUGACGAUGGUAUUUUUGAAGUCAAGGCCACCGCUGGUGAUACUCAUUUAGGUGGUGAGGACUUUGAUAAUAGAUUGGUUACUCACUUUGCCGAUGAGUUCAAGAGAAAGUAUCACAAGGAUAUGACUGGAAACCAGAGAGCACUGAGAAGAUUGAGAACUGCAUGUGAGAGAGCCAAGAGAUCCUUGUCUUCUUCUGCACAGACUUCAGUGGAGAUUGACUCCUUGUAUGAAGGCAUUGAUUUCUAUACGUCGAUUACCAGAGCUAGAUUUGAAGAACUCUGCUCUGAUAUGUUCAGAUCAACUUUAGAACCAGUUGCAAAAGUGUUGAGAGAUUCUAAGGUUGACAAGUCUCAAAUCGACGAGAUUGUUUUGGUUGGUGGUUCCACAAGAAUUCCUAAAGUUCAGAAAUUGGUUUCUGAUUUCUUCAACGGAAAGGAGCUAAACAAAUCCAUCAACCCUGAUGAGGCUGUUGCUUAUGGUGCUGCUGUCCAAGCUGCUAUCCUUUCAGGUGACACUUCUUCAAAGACACAGGAUUUGUUGUUAUUGGAUGUGACUCCAUUAUCUCUUGGUAUUGAGACCGCUGGUGGUGUUAUGACGAAGUUGAUACCAAGAAACUCUACCAUUCCUUGCAAGAAGUCUGAGACGUUCUCCACCUACUCCGACAAUCAACCUGGUGUGUUGAUUCAGGUUUACGAAGGUGAGAGAACCAGAACCAAAGAUAACAACAUGUUGGGUAAGUUUGAAUUGACUGGUAUUCCUCCGGCUCCAAGAGGUAUUCCUCAGAUUGAGGUUACCUUCGAUAUCGAUGCAAACGGUAUUUUGAAUGUUUCUGCAGUGGAGAAGGGUACCGGUAAGUCACAGAAGAUUACUAUCACCAACGAUAAGGGUAGAUUGUCUAAGGAAGAGAUUGACAGGAUGGUUUCAGAGGCUGAGAAGUUCAAGGUUGAGGAUGAAAAGGAGGCCGAGAGAAUCGGUGCCAAAAACGGAUUGGAAUCUUAUGCCUUUUCGUUGAAGAGCACCGCAUCUGAGAGCAAGUUCGCUGAUAAAGUUGGCGCAGAGGACAAGGAUAAGUUAUUAAAGAAGACCGAUGAAGUCAUCAGCUGGUUGGAUGCUAACCAGGCUGCUACUAAGGAUGAAUACGAUGACAAGAAGAAGGAGUUGGAGGAGGAGAGUAAUCCAAUUAUGCAGAAGUUGUAUGCUGCUGGUGGCGCUCCUGGUGGCGCUCCUGGUGGUGCUGCUGGUGGUGCUCCAGGUGGAAUGCCUGGUGGAAUGCCUGGUGGAAUGCCUGGUGGAAUGCCUGGUGGAAUGCCUGGUGGAGGCAGUGCUCCAUCCGGUGGUGAUAACAAUGGACCGUCCGUGGAGGAGGUCGAUUAA